UUGAAAGGGAAACAGUAUACAUGACAUAAGCAUGUCAACUGGACCACUAAUGGUCGGGUUGAAAAUGAAGAUAAAAGAAUAAUCAAAGCCUGCUUCCAUUACCACAGCUUCAGUUUCAGGGUUAGAUUAUAGAAUCAGCAAUCAAUCCAUCCAAAUUUAUAGCUCAAAAUUCACCACUUUUAGUUUGGAAUCUGGGUUUGCAAUGAUUUUUCAAGGACAACAAAUUGAAAAGUCGAUAUACAGUAACGGACGAGCUGAUUCGAGUGAAGAAGAACAAGAAGCAACAGACCAACCUGAUGGCGUAGCAGCUUUGGAGUGGCUGGACUUGAGCUUGGGAAGGAAGAACAAGCAGCUUUUAGCUGAAUCACAAAGCUCUGCAGCAGCUUCAACCAAGACCUUUUCAUGCAACUUCUGUAAGAGGGUGUUCUUCAGUUCACAGGCAUUGGGAGGCCAUCAAAAUGCCCACAAGAGAGAGAGGAGUGCAGCCAGAAGGCACCAAGCCCACAAGAUGAUGACCCUGUUUGGUCUGCCAAUUCAUAAUUCUAUGAUUAGAUCACUUGGUGUUCAGCCACAUUCACUUGUGCACAAACCAGGCAGGGAAGAUACUGUUCUAGCAGCAAGAUUUAAUAAUGUCAAAACUGGUUCAUGGGCUCCUUUCAUGUUGGGGGAUGCCAUGGACUUGAUGUGGCCAGGGAGCUUCCGCUUCACUCAACAUCGAAAUCUCGAAAAGCCACCACCAAUCGAAUUGUUCCAGCUCGAUCUGAACCUUCGACUUUAAUUCUUGUGUUUAUCAGUCUUAGUACUACUCCGGAGUUGUCGUCUUCAUUCCUGUAGUGCCAAGUAGCUCUUUCGUAUAUCAAGUGCAUGACUAACUUUAAGGGAUGUGCUAGAAAGAAGAUGCACCAUUAUUGUUGCAUCUCUUCUGCUUGUUAAAACAAAAGAGGCAUAAUUUGUUUCAACUUUGGGGCAUUGAGUAUAUCAAUUACAUCAUACUGAGUAGGGUGUAAGGGGGGAAGAGAAAAACAGAUCAAUAAUUAUUUGAAACUUUAA